AUUUAUUUUUUAUUUUUCAGGUAAAUCCCCCAUAUUACGUUCCUCUUGUGGAAAUAGUACCAGCACCAUGGACUCGUCUUGAAAUUCCUGUUCAAGCCAAAGCCAUAAUGACUGAAAUUGGUCAAGCGCCAGUUGUACUUAGCAGAGAAAUUGAUGGAUUUGCUCUCAACAGGAUCCAGUACGCAAUUUUAAACGAAGUCUGGCGUUUGGUUGCUGACGGAAUUUUAGACGUUAAGGACGUAGAUAUUGUUAUGAGUGAAGGCCUUGGAAUGCGUUACGCUUUCCUAGGUGCUUUGGAAACGUGUCACCUAAAUGCAGAAGGAAUGAAAAAAUAUUGCGAAUCCUACGCUAAAGGAAUUUACAACGUCAGUAUGGAUUUCGGACCUGUUCCAAAAUUCGAGGGCGAAAUUGAAGACAAAAUCAGUACAGAACUGAACGCAACUUGUCCCCUUGACAAACUUCAAGAAAGACGUGCGUGGAGAGACAAAGCACUGACGAAAUUGUCGAUAUUAAAAAAAGAGAUGAACGAAUCACAGAAAAAAUAAUUUCGAGUUGGAAUGAAAAACAAAACUCAAUUUUUUGAGUUUCAUCGAAUCUUUUUAACGAUCUUUGUGAUAUUUAACUGCCAUUUGUUAUAGUAUGUAUAGAAUAAAA